CUGCCUCCACUGGCGCAUCUGUCGCCAACGUCUCAAUGGAGCAGAAUCCGAGCAACAGCAAAGAAGUGCGACUCGCUCCACAGACGGACUCCAACUUCUGCCUAUCAGCUCAGUGGGGGUUCGGCUACGGUUAUGAUUGGGCCGGCGUGCUCUAUGGAUGUGCUGUUGGCUCGACGGGCGUUACCUCUUCCGGAUUGCGACCCGCAAAGCAGUGGUGGUACUUCGUCCCGGUCAAUGAUGCCACCAUUAAUGCCAACAAGGACACCUAUUUUAUCGUACCGACGGAUCAUAUCCUUGACAUGGCCACUCGCGCUCUCAUCGGCCAACAAAUCUCCCUUGUCUAUCCGGGCUCGCCAGUCUACCAGGGUGCUCUACUCGAGGAUCUCAACGAGAGUGACCCGUACCAGAUGUGGGCACUCAGCACCAACGGACAAGUUGCCGACAUCGCUUCAGCAGCCCAGCCGGCUGCGAGCCCGGUGAGCGGCGACAAUUCUGGCAUUCUUCGCAACACUGCGACCUCGAGCGGAGAGUCUACCAAUCAGCAUUACACAGGCAGCAGUGAUGCGAGCUCCUCUGGUUCAAGCACCGACACCUCUACCGCCGGCGCUAACGACUCGGGCGAUUCGAGCAGUGGCAGCCCCAGCGAUGGCAACGGCAUUCCCGCCGCCGCCGCUGCAGCAGCUGAUGAACCUGUCACGGUCACUCAGACCGCGACUGCCACCACUACGACAACUGUGACCACCACAACGACAUCUUCGGCCGCUGUGGUGACUUCUUCAACUUCGACGACCACCCCGAACGCUAAUGCUCUUCUCACGAUCGCGACGCCAAAUGUACUCACUGCGGCCGCGGUCACGGCGAGCACAACGGCGAGGGCAGCAGCGGCGACCGCAGCUGCAGCCACUACUACGGCAGCAGCAGCGGCAGCAGAGACGACGAACAACCUCGUGGCGUCCAUUGUUGCACACGUCAAGAGCGUCAUCUGAUUCAGCCUUCGGAUUUGCAUAUCGAUACCCAAAAACGCAUGAAG